UUCUGCCAAAGUGCCACGUUGGGCCGGGCUGCGGCUUGAGGAGUCGGCUCUGGGCGCCGGCCGGGGCGCUAGCGCCUGGGCGCUGGCCGUUGGGACUUUCUGGGCUGCGCGAGGCGAGUCGGAAAGCCGGUCCGAGGCUUCCGCUGCGAGCCGCCCCGCGGCGGCAGCGGCGGCUAGCUGUGGUCGGGCUGCGCGGCAGAGCCAGGGCGGCGGCGCGUCCCGCCUGAGGGCGGCUCUGGCCGAGGGCGGAGGGGCCGGCGGAGAGCCCGGGGCAGCGGCUGAGGCGGGCCGGCGGCGGCGGCGGGGGCCGCUGCCCCCGGAAAAGCCGGCCGAGAUGCUGGCGGAAAACCUGGUGGAGGAGUUUGAGAUGAAGGAGGAUGAGCCGUGGUACGACCACCAGGACCUCCAGCAAGAUCUCCAGCUUGCGGCUGAGCUUGGGAAGACCUUGCUGGAUCGGAACACAGAGUUGGAGGAUUCUCUUCAGCAGAUGUACACAACCAAUCAGGAGCAGUUACAGGAAAUCGAGUAUCUGACCAAGCAGGUGGAGCUUCUCCGGCAGAUGAACGAGCAGCACGCCAAGGUUUAUGAGCAGUUAGAUGUCACAGCGAGGGAACUGGAGGAAACAAACCACAAGCUGGUUGCCGACAGCAAGGCCUCACAGCAGAAGAUUCUGAGCCUGACCGAAACAAUUGAAUGCCUGCAAACCAACAUCGAUCACCUCCAGAGCCAAGUGGAGGAGCUGAAGUCCUCGGGCCAGAGGAGGAGGAGCCAGGAGAAGCACGACCAGGAGAGAUCGGCCCCCAGCUUCUCAUGUCUGAAAGAGCUGUAUGACCUCCGCCAGCACUUCGUGUACGAUCACGUGUUUGCCGAGCAGAUCACUUCCUUACAAAGUCGGCAAAGCCCCGAUGAAGAAGAAAACGAGCAUUUGAAGAAAACGGUGACAAUGCUGCAGGCCCAGCUGAGCCUGGAGCGGCAGAAGCGAGUGACCAUGGAGGAGGAGUUCGGGCUGGUGCUGAAGGAGAACCGAGACCUGGAGCGGCAGCUGGGGGCCACGGACGCCUACCGAGCCCGGGCGCUGGAGCUGGAGGCCGAGGUGGCCGAGAUGCGGCAGAUGCUGCAGUCCGAGCAUCCUUUCGUGAACGGGGUGGAGAAGCUGGUGCCGGACUCACUCUUUGCCCCUUUCAGGGAGCCCAGCCAGAGCCUGCUGGAGGAGAUGCUGCUGUCCCCGCCCGAGGCGCCCAGGAAGCCCCUCAAGCGCAGCAGCAGCGAGACGGUGCUGAGCAGCCUGGCGGGCGGCGACAUCGUGAAGGGCCACGAGGAGACCUGCAUCCGGAGGGCCAAGGCGGUAAAGCAGAGGGGCGUCUCCCUGCUGCACGAGGUGGACACACAGUACAGCGCCCUGAAGGUGAAGUACGAGGAGCUGCUGAAGAAGUGCCAGCAGGACGAGGACUCCCUGUCCCACAAGGCCGUGCAGACCUCCAGGGCUCCGGCCAAGGAGCCGGCUGCCGUCGGCGCCCAGCCCGAGCCCGGCACCAGCGGCUGGGCACCGGCCUCUGUCACCCCAGAGCCCGUGGCUUCCCCCACCGCCUCGACGCCCCCAGAAUACAAAGCGCUUUUUAAGGAGAUCUUCAGUUGCAUCAAGAAAACUAAGCAGGAAAUAGACGAACAGAGAACAAAAUACCGCUCUCUCUCUUCUCAUUCCUAAGCGGACCUCUGCUCCUGAUGGGCCUGUUUCUUAGCACCUCUCUCUCCCACUCAGACGAGUGUCCCUAGAUCCCAAAGCCUCGUGUUGCUCGUGACAUUGGCCUCCUUGCUUGGCUUGUUUAGCAAAUGCGCACAACGAGGAAGGAAGGUGGCUGUUGGUGGCAGUCCUGUAAGCUCCUCAGGAAAUCCCGUGACAGACUGGCCUCUGGCGGGUGCAAUGAUUAGGGUGCAAUUCCUUGGAAAGUCCCAGAACCAGUAGAGGGCAAAUCUGUGCUCCUGGAGAAGCAGGCUUGGAGUUCCUGCAGCGUGUAGUCUGUACGUGCCUGUGUGUGUGUGUUUGUAUAUUAUAUAUUAUACAGGGGAAAGGGCAGAGUUGAAACAAAGCGAAGGCAAUUCCCACUGCCUCCUUGCCUAACUUCUUAAAACUAUGCAGGAGUCAGACGGCUGCCAAAUGAAAAUAACUUCCACAGACACUGCUGGAUACUGUGACUUCAUGAAGAAGAAUGUUCAGGACAAUGCAGGGGUCUCAUCCAAAAUAAACGGCAUUAACAAAUACUCCACGCCUUUGGGUUUGUCACAUGUGCUACCAGGUGAACUGUGACUCCAUGGAUCUCAGUCACCUGCGUGCCAAGCUGAAGGGGCGAGCUCUGCUUGGCCCACUUGGCUUGUUAGCAGAGCCCUAGGGGGCCUCCUCCCGGCAUCCAAGUGCUUUGACUCAAAGCUGCAGUGGUUAGUUAGCUAGGCAUUCUUGCCUUAAACUCCCACUGAAGGGGCGAGACGAAUCCUUCCCUCUCGUGUGUCGUCUGGCCUGCCUAACCCAGCGGCCGCCAGCUGCUCCUGCUACCUCCUGCCCAUGCCUGUCGAUGUGUGUGACUUGCUGCGGAAACCCCUACCUGCCACUUCAACAGUGUUGAUGUUCUGACUGUGGAUAUGUAGUCAUCCUCUCAACUUGCAAACGUUUAAUUUAAACUAUUUAAGAGAACUGAGGUUCCAUUUAUUGUAUAUAUUUUUCUAAACACCAAAUAAAGCUACCUAUGAAAAUGAA